CCCCCCGCCCUCUCUCUAUUUAUUGAUUUCCCCUCUCCCUCUUCCCUCCCGCUCUCCCAGAUACCGAUCGAUUAUAAAAACACGCCACGCCAUGAACUUCUUCAGGACCAAAAAGAAGCUAGACGACCUGCCUGCCCACCCUCCCCCUGCUUCCUCCGCCCCACCCUCCGCCGCCACUCAGCGAACCGUCCAGCGUGGUUCUUCCGUCAACGGUAUCACCAUCCCCCCCCGCACCAACUCUGCUGGAGCAACCCCUGCCCCAAACCCCAACCCUGCCCAACCCCCACCCCAGGCACAGGCUCAGGGCCAGAACCAAGGCAGUAGUCCUCGGGCGAACAAUCCAGAGCAGCAGCAGCAGCAGCAGUAUCAGCAACAGCAACUCCAAUAUCAGCAGCAACAACAACGCGAUUCAGAUUCAAUCUCCCUCAACUCAUCCGUCAUUCCACAGCAGCAACAACAGCAACAACAACAGCAACAACAACCGCAACAACAACCGCAACAACAGCAACAGCAACAGCAACCGCAGCAGCAACAGCAACAGAUGCAGCACCAGCAACAACUCCAGUCGAUGCAGUUGCAACCAGGCUCCUAUGGCAGUGACUCCCUGCUCACCUCCCAGGUCAUUCAAUACCCAUCAUACCAGGACCAAUCAACGCACUCUAGCAGUGUCUCGGGGAUGGAGGGUGGCUAUGCUGGCGGAGCCUCUGAUGAUCAACACCUCGGUCGCCAACAGCACUCCGAGAAUAUGGCUGGCAACCAUGGUCAACCAGAUGGCUACUAUCAGCAGCAGUCUGGUGGCACUAGUGGAGGAAUGAAUAGCGGCCCCAUCCAGUUGCAAGGCCAGGCCCUCGGAAACGGUAGCAUGAACGGCGCGCCCAAUGGCAUCGACAACACCAACAGCGGUAGUCUAGGCACUGGCAGUCUCGGCAAUAGCACUGGAGAACUGUCGACAGAUGUCCGCAAACUACAGGAUGAGAUCCUGAGCUGGAAGAGGUCCCAAGAGUCGUCCCAGGCCAAGGUGAACCAGCUUCGUCAAACCUUGACCCAAAAGUCACAGGAGAACAGAGAACUGCACGCCAGUCUGACCCAGGUGACUCAGGAUCGAUUGAUGCUUCAGGAGCUGGUCCACAAGCGUGAAAAGGAAAUGGACGAUCUGCGCUCAAAGUACUUGAAUGACGUUCGCCAGAUCCGCGCAACAGACGACGACCAUUCCACGAUCGAGCAGCGGGUGCGCAUGCUCCAGGCCGCCAUCUUGCAGCUCACAAAGUCCUCCUCCGGCGACAGGGCAGUAAACCUGAACACGGAAGAGGCCCAGGCGUUGGUCAAGAAGAAGUACAAGUUCGGCAAUACGCAGCCCUACAUUCUCAACAUGUUCUUGGAGAAAUACAUCAUGGAUACGCUGCUCGAGGAGGUCUUCCACGGCCCCUUCUACGUCGGCUUUACCCUGGCCAAGGAAUACGGAGAGAUUCACAAGUGGAUGGUCGAUAACAACUUUGGUGAUCAGGCUGUUCGCUUCCGCCAACAACUUUGCUUCAUGUCCGCCAAAGCACCCGUUGCACAAGCACAUGCAGCUCAGGAGGCCAUCCGGAUCGCAAAGGCAUUCGAAAUCAAAUUGGAGCGUCUUUACAACAACUGGGCAGGUCAUCAGAAGGUGCUGGAUCUGGUAACCAAAGCUAUCGAGCUCAGCUUAACGAUGAGGAGCCAGAAUGCCGAGAUCAAGGCCGAGGUCAUUCCAAGCGAGAGCGAGUUUGAUGCAGAGAAGAUGGUUCCAGCACACAAGAGCAAGGAGGGCGGCAAGGUCAAAGUGUGUGUCAUGCCAUGCUUUAUCGAUACGAACGGUGUAGUCGUAGGCAGGGCCAAGGUCUUUUGUGGUUAAUACCGCUCAACCGCAAAGCAAAAGCAUGUUUACAAUCCCUUCCUUCAUGGUCGCCAUAAUACCAGGACACUUCUGCCCACCCUCAUUCCAAAAAAAAAGAAACAAAAACAAAACGAAUCCCCUUUGUUAUUAUCCAGGAACAUCAACAACACCAUAAUAAAUAUACAUCUCGUGUACAUGUACUCUUUGUUCCUCGGA